AACGUCAGUAUAACGUGAAAGUUCAAAACAAUCAGUGCGAACCUGCAAAUUACGAAACCAAAUCGAUUUUUCAUGUGGAUAACUGUUGAAAAACAAUGUUUCUGAUAGUAAAAUAACCAGAUAAUUCAUGUGAAUAAGAACUAAAAAUGUUUCGGAGCAAGCUUGUACUAGGAAUGAGCGUCACCGGGACUCUCGUUGGUGGUGCUGUGAUGUUGAAGGACUACAUGCAAGGCGGUCGAUUCAAGCGUGGUGACGUUCGGGCAGAUGGAAAGGUUGUAAUCGUUACGGGAGCCAACACCGGCAUUGGUAAAGAAACCGCGAUGUUUCUGGCCCGCCGGGGCGCUCACGUUUAUAUGGCCUGUCGAGAUAUGACAAGAUGCGAAACAGCACGCCAGGAAGUGGUCUUGGAGACGAAAAAUGCUAACGUGUACUGUCGACAGUGCGAUUUGUCCUCGCUGCAAUCGGUGCGCAAGUUUGCGGAACAAUUUAAACAGGAACAAAAUCGUUUGGAUAUAUUAAUCAACAACGCAGGCGUUAUGCGCUGUCCCCGGUCCCUUACGAAGGAAGGGAUCGAAUUACAGCUGGGUGUCAACCAUAUGGGACAUUUCCUGCUAACAAAUUUGCUUUUAGAUAUGCUCAAGUUAUCGGCACCUAGCCGAAUUGUUGUGGUUUCUAGUCUUGCCCAUACACGUGGCAAAAUAAACGUGCAGGAUUUGAAUAGUGAAAAAAGUUACGAUCCAGCCACUGCUUACGAGCAGAGUAAGUUAGCCAAUAUUCUAUUUACAAGAGAAUUGGCCAAACGAUUACAAGGAACUGGAGUGACCGUUAAUGCUGUCCAUCCAGGGGUUGUAGAUACGGAGUUGAUGAGACACAUGGGUCUUUUCAACAGCUGGUUUUCGAGCAUACUGAUUAAACCGUUUGCUUGGCCAUUCCUAAAGACGCCAAUUUUCGGCGCUCAGACAUCGGUGUAUGCUGCAUUGGAUCCGGAUUUGGAAAAAGUAUCAGGCCAGUAUUUUAGCGAUUGUGCCCCGAAAGAUGUCGCCGAUCAGGCCAAAGAUGAUAAACUAGCACAAUGGCUGUGGGCUGUUAGCGAGAAGUGGACUGGUACCCUAACUGGAACGGCUGCGGUUUCCUGACAGCGGAUCAUCAAGAAGAAAGGCAGCAAAGACAUAAUCAUUUUUAGUGAACCAAAUUUGCAGAAAUAACGCGAACGGUGUUUAGGUGGAUGGAAGAAAUUAACAAAUAUCACCUUGAGAUCGGCUAAUUUCGGUGCUUGCGUCUCCCUGUUAAAUAUGCAGCGCAUACUGGCGCCAGAAUGGGCGGUAAAAAUAACUAAACCAGAAUUCUUGAGCCGUAGAAUUUAUCUUUUUUUUUGGUAGAUUUGAAAUGAUGGUGUCGGCAAAAGAGCACCAAUUUGCAUAAGUUAAGAAUCGCUAUUUUUAGCUUGCAGCCUGUUUUGCAAAAUUUCGCUUAUUGUUUUUAAAACUGUAGUGAUUGGGCGUUGUUAAAAAUAACCUGUAACCGUAACGUGUUGAGUACUAGUGAAUCUGGUGAAAUAAAAGUGUAAACUGAA